CCCGGAACAUUUGAACUGAGUUUUCGAGCAAAAGAGGAGGGAACAAGGAAAGGCAGAAAAAGGGGCAGAGAGAGCGAAAAAAGAGAGGAGAGAACAUCCGAAGUAGGGUCUCCCUUUGCCCCCCCCUUUUCCCCUUCCUGGUCAAACUGAGUGGGUUUCCCUUCUGGGGGGAGGAAGAAGCAAUACAUAUCCCAUUUCUCAAAGGAAAUAAAGCCCUACCUUUGCAAAAGUCUGCAACAGAAGAAGGGAGGGAGGAAGAAGAGGAGGAGGAGGAGGAAGAGGAAGAGGAGGGGAAGAGGAGGAGGAAGCCGAGCAAAAAAGGGGGGGCUCACUUUCUUCCUUGGCCGACGGAGCGCUGGCUGCCUUGCCAUUUCCAAGCGGAGCAUGUGUAUUGGAACCAAUGUGCAUCAUGACAAGUAUCGGUUUGUGGCCGAAGGCUUUCAUGGCCGGAAUCACCAGGAGCAUUCUCUCCUGACGUUUCGCCCACAGGCAUCCUCAGAGGUUGUGAAGUCUGUUGUAAACUAGGCAAGUCAGUUUUAUAUAUUUAUCGGUGGAAUAAUGUCAAGGGUGGGAGAGUGUGAAUAUUUCAAUUAAUCACCUUGAUUAGCAUUGAAUAGCCCUGCAGCUACAAAGCUUGGCUGCUUCCUGGCUGGGGGAAUCCUUUGUUGGACACAGCGUAUUAUUUGAGACCAAUAUAUAAACCUCCCUUGACUCAUUUCCAACAGACCUCGCAACCUCUGAGGAUGCCUGCCAUAGAUGUGGGAGAAAUGUCAGGAGAGAAUGCUCCUGGAACAUGGCUAGACAGCCCUGAAAACUCACAGCAACCCAAUGCUGGACUAUUUUUUAAUUAUUAUAACUAUUUAUUAGUGGGAAGAAUUGCAAUACAGGAAUCGAUGGUGCAUGAGUUAAAUAGCCUUUUGUAAACUAGGCAAGUGAGGUUUAUAUAUUUAUCGGUGGAAUAAUGUCAAGGGUGGGAGAGUGUGUGAAUGUUUCAAUUAAUCACCUUGAUUAUUUAUUUAUUUAUUUAUUUGCGACAUUUAUAUCCCGCCCUUCUCACCCCGAAGGGGACUCAGGGCGGUUUACAAGUAUAUAUACAUACAAUAUAUUAUAUUAUACAACUAUGUCACAAUAUUGUUAGUAAUAUUGCAUGUAAUAUAAAUAUACAAUUAUAAUAAUGAAUUAUAAUUAUUAUUACAUUGUAUUACAUCAUAAUAUUAUUAUUAAUAUUACAUGUAUAUACAAUGUAUUAUAAUAUUAGUAUAGUAUAAUAUUAUAAUAUAUCAUUAUAUCAUUAAAUUGAUACAGGAGACAUGGUGGAAAGAUUAGCACUGAAUAGCCCUGCAGCUUCAAAGCUUGGCUGCUUCCUGGCUGGGUGAAUCCUUUGUUGGACACAGCAUAUUAUUUGAGACCAAUAUAUAAACCUCCCUUGACUCAUUUCCAACAGACCUCACAACCUCUGAGGAUGCCUGCCAUAGAUGUGGGAGAAAUGUCAGGAGAGAAUGCUCCUGGAACAUGGCCAGACAGCCCUGAAAACUCACAGCAACCCAAUGCUGGACUAUUUUUUAAAAAAAUUAUUAUAGCUAUUUCUUAGUGGGAAGAAUUGCAAUACAGGAAUCAGUGGUGCACGAGUUAAAUAGCCUUUUGUUCACUUUUAACUGCCAGUUGUGUCUAAAAUGCCAUAUAUUACCCCUAGAUGACACAAAUGCAGCGUGGUUUGAGUUAUGAUUGUGGGGACCAGGGUUCGAAUCUCUGCUCUUGUACUGACCAUGGGUCCAUCACAUACUCUUGGCCUCAGAAAGCAAUAGUAGGCUUGGCAUCUAUCUGAAACAACUUGGACGGCAAAUCCGGACAACAGAGUUCACCCAAUUUAUCACAAGCUAUAACCUCCAAAAAUUAUCCUUAAACCCAGUGUAUAUUUACCGUAGAAAUAAAUCUUCAGGGCUAAACUUUUCACACCUCCUGAUGCCAUUCCCGAGGCUUUAAAAACCCAUCCAGAGUCAUGUCAAAUGAGAAGGUUAUUAUUUAUGUAUUAUCUUAUUUUGUAUUUAUUAUUAUUAUUUUAAGGUUGUCCAGGUAAUAAUAUUCUUUUUAUUUGACAAGACUCUUAUUUCCAGGUGAGGUCUGACCAAAGCGGAAGAGAGAGCAACUAGGACUUCCCUCAAUCUGGACCUUAAACUCCUCUUGAUGCAGCUUAGAAUCGCAUUGGCUUCUUCAGCUGCUGCAUCAUGCUGUUGGCUCAUGUUCAGUUUGCGAACUAUUAAGACUUGUAGAUCCUUUUCACUUGGACUAUGUUCAAGCCGGAGCUCACCCAUCCUAGAUAGAGAGAGAGAUGUUGGCUUGUGUUCAGUGUGUUAUCUAUUAAGACUCCUAAAUCCCUUUCGCUUGGACUGUUUUCAAGUCAUCCAUCCUAGUCUUAUACAUUUAUGUUCAUGUGGUAUUAUGCCCUAAUUCUUGUAUGGUUUUAACUUGUUGUAUGCUUGCUCUAUUGGAAACCGCCCUGAGUCCCUUGAGGAGAUAGGGCAGUACAUAAAUAAAGUAUUAUUAUAUUUAUUAUCACCAUUUUAUGACACAGCAAACUAGAUAGAUAUGCUGGAUUUCGUAUCACAAAAUCACAAGUCGAACACUUCCCAAGUGUCUAGGACUGUGUGAUGUAUUUUUGGAUGAUGCGUGUAAUCCCAGUCGAGUGGCCUUUUGCAGUUGGCAGAUGGUAAUUUUGUCAAUGUCUAUUGUUUCCAAAUGCCGGCUGAGAUCUUUUGGCACGGCACCCAGUGUGCCCAUCACCAAAGGGGCCACCUGCACUGGUUUCUGCCAGUCUUUGAAGUUCAAUCUUGAGGUCCUGAUAGCGGCUGAGUUUUUCCUGUUGUUUAUUAUUAUUAUUCCAAGAAUUUGCAGCACUUUAUCAGUCACCUCGUGUUUACAAUAUUUAUAUGGUGCACCUUACCCAGUCUACUUUUACAACCUCUCCAUUUUAAUCCAUGUUUUUAUUAGCUCUUGUCAUUUGUUUUUACUGGCUAAUGUUUAAAUUUUUAUAAUUGUGCAUGCUUUUUGUCUAUUGUUGUGUUUUAUAUUGCUAUUGUUUUUAUUCGGGCUUGGCCCCAUGUAACCCGCCCUGAGUCCCCUUUGGGGAGAUAGAGGCGGGGUAUAAAAAUAAAGUUGUUAUUAUUAUUAUUAUUGGAGCCUCUGGUGGCCUAGGGGAUAAAAGCCUUGUGACAUGAAGGUUGGGUUGCUGACCUGAAGGCUGCCAGGUUCGAAUCCCACCCGGGGAGAGCGUAGAUGAGCUCCCUCUAUCAGCUCCAGCUCCAUGCGGGGACAUGAGAGAAGCCUCCCAUAAGGAUGGUAAAAAAUCGAAACAUCCGGGCGUCCCCUGGGCAACGUCCUUGCAGACGGCCAAUUCUCUCACUCCAGAAGCAACUUAGGUUGCUCCUGACAUGAAAAAAAAAUUAUUAUUAUUAUUAUUGUUAAGUAUUAUUAUUAUUAUUGAGAGAGAAUUAGUUAUUGGCUUGUGUUCAAGUGUGUGAUCUAUUAAGGCUCCUAAUUCCCGUUCGCUUGGAGUGUUUUGAAGCCACCCAUCCUAGACAGAUAGAGAGAUGGAUGGAUGGAUGGAUGGAUGUAGGGUCACGUUCAGUUUGUGAUCUAUUAAGACUCUGAAAUACCUUUCACUUGGACUGUUUUCGAGGCAGGGGUCGCCCAUCCUAGAGAGAGAUAUGGAUGGAUGGAUGGAUGGAUGGAUGGAUGGAUGGAGCUCGGGCUGUGGCGCAGGCUGGAGAGCAACUGCAAUGAAUCACUGCAAUGAAUCACUCUGACCAGGAGGUCAUGAGUUCAAGGCCCACUCGCUGGAAGCCUAUGUUUGUUUGUCUUUGUUCUGUUAAAAGGCAUUGAAUGUUUGCCUAUAUGUGUCAUGUGAUCCGCCCUGAGUCCCCUUCGGGGUGAGAAAGAAGGGUAGAAUACAAAUGCUGUAAAUAAAUAAAUAAAAUAAAUAGAGCAGAUACGUAACCUGCGUUUUCCAGAGGCAGCCCCUCGAACCCUCCCUCGCCGGGGCCCGGGAGCGCGACCUGUGUGCCUACCUCUCUCCUUUCUGUCUAUUUCAGCCGGGCGAAGCAGAGGGGCUCCCCCCAAGCAGAGGCGUGCGUGCGGCAGGGGCCCCUAGCUUGCCCUAGCCGCCCCGGGUGGGAGCUGGCGAAGGCCGGCGAGCCCCCUCCGUCCCGCCCCGCCACCCCGGGGGAGCUGGUGCUUUUCUCCUGCCUGCACCAGCGGGGCAUCCACCCGCCGCCCGCCAGCCUGGACCGCCAACGCCACGCCUCCGCGGGCAGCUGCGGUCAUCGGGAGGCCAGCCUGAUGGCGGAACCGCGCUUUAACAACCCCUAUUUCUGGCCGCCUCCUCCCACUAUGCCCAGCCAGCUGGACAAUCUGGUUCUGAUCAACAAAAUCAAGGAGCAGCUCAUGGCGGAGAAGAUCCGGCCGCCCCACCUGCCCCCGGCCGCGGUGUCCUCCCAGCAGCCCCUCCUGGUUCCUCCGUCGCCCGCCGAGAGCGGCCAGUCCAUCAUGUCCAUCCCCAAGCUGCAGCAAGUCCCCGGGCUGCACCCCCAGGCCGUCCCCCAGCCUGACGUGGCCCUCCAUGCCCGGCCUGCCACAAGCACUGUCACAGGUCUGGGCCUGGGGUCGCGAGCGCCGGCGGUCAGCACCUCGGAGUCGAGUGCCGGGACGGGCACCAGCACCCCUUCGACGCCCACCUCCUCCGGCCAGAGCCGCCUCAUUGCCUCGUCGCCCACCCUCAUCUCAGGGAUCGCCAGCCCCCCGCUCCUGGACUCCAUCAAGACCAUCCAGGGCCACAGCCUGCUGGGGGGCGCCCCCAAGGCCGAGCGGGGCCGCAAGAAGAUCAAGGCCGAGAACCCCUCCGGGCCGCCGGUGCUGGUGGUGCCCUAUCCGCUCCUGGCCUCGGGCGACAUCGGCAAAGAGGGCAAGACCUACAGGUGUAAAGUCUGCCCGCUGACCUUCUUCACCAAGUCGGAAAUGCAGAUCCACUCCAAGUCCCACACGGAGGCCAAGCCCCACAAGUGCCCGCAUUGCUCCAAGUCCUUCGCCAACGCCUCCUACCUGGCGCAGCACCUGCGCAUCCACCUGGGCGUCAAGCCCUACCACUGCUCCUACUGCGAGAAGUCCUUCCGCCAACUUUCCCACCUCCAGCAACACACCAGAAUCCACACCGGGGACCGACCCUACAAGUGCCCUCACGCCGGCUGCGAAAAGGCCUUCACUCAGCUCUCCAACCUCCAAUCUCACCAACGGCAGCACAACAAAGACAAGCCGUACAAGUGUCCCAACUGCUACCGGGCGUACACGGACUCGGCCUCGCUCCAGAUCCACCUCUCGGCACACGCCAUCAAGCACGCCAAGGCCUACUGCUGCAGCAUGUGUGGCCGGGCCUAUACUUCAGAGACCUACUUGAUGAAGCACAUGUCCAAACACACGGUGGUGGAGCAUCUAGUGAGCCAACACUCUCCUCAAAGGACGGAGUCGCCCGGCAUUCCUGUGCGGAUCUCUCUCAUCUGAGUCUUGGGGGGCCCAACUCGGCCUUCAUGCCGCAGACCCCCCCUCCAGUUCCGAAACCGGGGGCCGGUGACAGGACAACUUGGCAUAGGAUCCCCUGUAACACAGUCUCCGCCUCCCUCCCCGCAGCCAGGACAAAAGAGCGACAUCCUAUCUUGUGGGCAAACACCGGCGGGGAGGGAGCCAAGAGACUUCUCCUGCGUCGGUUUUGGUGCCAGCCAAAGACGAUUCCAGAGCACUUUGAAGCCCACCGCGACCUCUUCCCUCCCCACUACGAGCCCCUUUUGGUUUUGGAUCUUCCGCCAUUUCUCUCCUCUGCCCUUUUUUUAUUUUUGGGGGACAUGAGAAGGUUUGAGAAAAAGAAAGGGCCUGUAACGGACCGCAAAUGCCCCCUCCCGGACUCUGCAGGACAAUUUGGGGGAAAUCCACGGAGAGUGGGGGGCAGGCACUCUUUGUUGGAAUAUGCCAUGCCCACCCUCCGGCACAGUGCAACCAUCGGAGCGGAUGGCAGAGAUGCAUAAGGAGCCACAGGUAUUGGGUGGUGGCGGGUGGGAAUUCGUGGCUACACAAGGGAGAAUCGGUUAUGGAUUCGGCAUGGGGAGAGCAAAAGGAAUGCCUCGUUGGGGGAAAGGGACCUUUGCAAGGCCUCCACAGGCAUUUGAGAUGCGAGGAGGAGAGAAUAAGGAGAGCCAAAUGCUUGGUAGCUGGGCAUCAUAUCCAUCUAGGCAUAGAAGUGAGUCCCAUUUCUCUACCACCAUAAUGGAGGAGAGUUUCAAGGCCUGCUUUAAUAGAUUGGCAAUACUUGGGCUGGUAUAGGGCCCAGGCAUAAUGUAAUAUGACGUGGAAGGGAGCUAUUCAAGCCACAGGGAGGAGCAGGGAUUAAGUUCCUCUGUGAAUGGUCUUCCUUUUGCUCUGCCUUGUCCUUGAUUGACUCCUCUACAAGGAAAAUGUACCCCUGCUAUCAAUACCUCAUGGCUGCUUUUUCAAUUCCUGUAUUUCUCAGCCUCUGUUUAGAGAGAAGUCCUUCUUAGGCAAAGGGUUAAAUGCUUUGCAACCUAUAGGGCCAGGAAAUGUUGGGGGUGAUAGAACGGCCAACGUGUUUAGCGCACGAUAAGGACUUGGGCAGGGGGUAACCCUUCACCCUGAAAAUGUGUUUGCCCAGCUGCUCAUUGCACAAGUCCAAUGGUGUCUUUUACACAGAGCCAUCUAAGGUAUUACAUUUUGAAAUUAUAACCGGUGUCUCAACACAGAGUUGUGUUGAAGGUACGAUAGUGGAGUCCAUAGAUUCACAACAUCGCAAACUUCCUGCCCAUGGAGGGAACCUAUUUUCCCUUGCAUCUGACUUUUUCCCUGCCUUGAAGAACCAAGAAUUAUUUCCUUGUUUCUCAAACAAUCAAUUUGGGACAAUCUGGGUAUAUAUGAUGAACCAGUAACCUCCCUAGUUCCUUACACUUCAGCUCUGAGGCCUGCAAUGCCACCACAACACGGCAACCCAGCUUCCCAAGGCACCAAAGGGCUCCUCACCCCAACAUCAUUGUGCCUGCAUCUUCUACCCUGCCAACAAACCUUUCAUCCCUUUCCUUCAAGACACACUUGUUUUCACAAACAGCCGCAAGAGGCAUGUGUAUGAAAAAAAGGGACCCCCGCCCCUUAAAAAUACCAACUUGCAAACCACAUCUAUUAUUACAUGCUUUUUGGUUCCCUUUAAGCCAAGAGGGGGAGAGGAGAUAGAUUUUUAUUUUUAAAAAAGCAAUUAUUAGGCCUUGAAAAUAUUUUGCUUUGUUUUUUAAUCUGGUUGUUUCUUUAAUUGCUGUUUAUAUUGACCUCUUCCUGUUUUUUUUUCCUCUUUUCAAUCCCUGUCCCUCUUUUGUCUUGAAUUGUUGCUGUAUGAUAUUCAAUAUUGUAGCCUCAUUAAUUUUUCGUUUAUUUUUGCCAGCAUGUUAAUAACUCUGUAAAUAGGACUCUUAUAAUCUUAACAUCUCUUAUUUUCUAUAUAAGAGCCCAAGUCACAUUUAGCUAGAUCCCUAGUUAUGAUUAUGAUUAUCUUAUUAAUAAAAUGUGGGGAAGCAUUUACUUUUUUGGAAAAAAGGACCUUUCGCUCUCCUCCCCAUCCCUCCCUCUCAAGCCUUGCAUUGCGGUAACAAAGAAAGGUGGGAGAAGAUGGGUUUUUUUCUCCUUGGUCCCAACAGCUGUUUGCAAUGUUUUUAAAAAAUGGGGAAAAAUUAAAAUAAUUGCUUUGUAUUUCUCUCUGUUGUGGAAGAAAACAUGAAUAAAGAUGUCUUUGCACCCUU